ACAUCCUACCUUUAUGAACACUUCAACUUCACCACCAUAACAUCGCCAUCCCAACUCUUCUGCUCUUCUCUUCCUGUGUUGAACAUGGAGAAGAAGAAACUGCUUAUGCUCAGAGAUGAAGCAUUACUGCAGCACCCAGUUCUCCUCCUUCUAAUUCUGGUUUUAGGGUUUGUUGUGAUGGACCCACUGGAAAUGGGACCACUUGGGAACCAUGAGUUUAAGCCUGUGAAGCACAGCAUUGCACCGUACAAGCAAGUCAUGGAGAGGUGGCCGAGGGACAAUGAGAGUAGGUUAGGGCUUGGGAAGCUGGAGUUUGAAGAUCAAGUUUUUGGUCCCGAGUCGUUGGAGUUUGAUGCUUUGGGUCGAGGUCCGUACACAGGGUUAGCCGAUGGACGUAUUGUUAGAUGGAUGGGCAAGGAUUUGGGAUGGGAAACGUUUGCACUUGUGACAACAAAUUGGUCAGAGAAGGUUUGUGCUAAAGGCAUAGACUCAACCACGCAUAAGCAAUGGAAGCACGAGAAAAAGUGUGGUCGUCCCCUUGGCCUAAGAUUUGACAAAGAGAGUGGAGAUUUGUACAUUGCUGAUGCAUAUUAUGGCCUCCUAGUUGUUGGCCCCGAAGGAGGCAUUGCUACUACUUUGUCAACUCAUGUGGAAGGGAAGCCUAUACUUUUUGCAAAUGACCUUGACAUCCACAGGAAUGGCUCUAUUUUCUUCACAGACACAAGCAAGAGAUACAACCGAGUGGAUCAUUUCGUUAUACUACUGGAAGGAGAAUCCACUGGUAGGCUUCUGAGAUAUGACCCUCCUACUAAAACAACUCACAUUGUCUUGGAUGGUUUGGCUUUUCCAAAUGGAAUUCAACUUUCACAGGACCAAACAUUUCUUCUCUUUACUGAGACCACCAACUGCAGGCUAAUGAAAUAUUGGCUAGAGGGUCCAAAAACUGGGACAGUGGAACUUGUUGCCAACCUUCCAGGUUUUCCAGACAAUAUAAGAAUAAAUGAGAAGGGCCAGUUCUGGGUAGCAAUAGACUGUUGCAGGACUCCAGCACAAGAGGUUCUCUCUCAUAAUCCUUGGAUACGUAGUGUCUACUUUCGCUUGCCCAUCCGAAUGACCUACUUGGCGCGGAUUAUGGGGAUGAAGAUGUACACAAUGAUUUCACUGUUCGACGAGAAGGGAGAAAUUUUGGAAGUUCUUGAGGACAGAAAGGGUGUGGUUAUGAAACUUGUGAGUGAAGUUAGGGAAGCAAAAGGCAAACUGUGGAUUGGAACUGUGGCUCAUAACCACAUUGCCACCCUCACUUACCCUUAAGAGAUCAUUAUUUACUAGCCACUAACAAAUGGUAGCUUAAAAUGGGUGGCUUGAUGUAUGAUUUGUUUAACAACAUUGAUAAUUAGAUGA